AUGGCCAAACACCUCCCCGGCCUUCUGCCCGGCUCGUGGGCGCUUUGGAGCAUUGGCAUGGCGACUGUGUUUGCCCGCUUCUUGUCCCGCCGCCUCGCCCUCGGCAGCUGGCGCAAACUGCAGCUCGACGACUACCUCAUGGCUCUGUGUGUCCUCACCUUCACGGGCGUCACUGUCUGCUCCAACCAGGUCGGCAUCAGCGGCAGCAACUACGCGUCCGACGCCGAGAUCGCCACAUGGUCCCCCGCAGAAAUCCGCGACGCCGAAUGGGGCAGCAAAAUGCUGCUGGCCCUCGAGGAAUUUAUGAUGGCAACGGUCUGGCUCGUCAAGGCGUGUUUGUUGAUCCUGUAUGGCCGCCUGACGUCGGGCCUCACCGAGGCCUUUGCUGUCAAAGUGGUGGCCAUCUACUGUGCUGUCGGCUACGUCGUCGUCCAAAUUUUGUAUUUGGGCGUCUGGUGCCGGCCCAUUGACGACUACUGGGCGGUUCCGGUGCCGGAAGGACAUGGUGAGUGUAAACAACCAAAGGAGACGAAACUGUACACACAUGUGUCCUGCUUGUCACUAACGCCACCGCCAACAGAGCAGUGCAAAACCUACCUCCACCAUAUGAUCACCGUCACCGUCUUCCACGUCUCCUCCGACCUGCUCAUGCUCCUCGUCCCCGUUCCUAUGAUUGCCCGCGCCAAGCUACCGCUCUUGCGCAAGAUUAUUUUGUGUGGCAUCUUCAGUCUCGGCCUGCUCGUCGUCCUGGUCGCCAUCCUCAACCGCUACUACAAUUUCACCGUCGCCAACAGCCUCGUCUUUCUCAUCUGGUACAAUGGCGAGGCCAGCACGGCCGUCAUGGUCGCCAACAUUCCCUUUUGCUGGACCUUGCUGCGCCGCCUCUUUGCUCUUGACACCUGGGGCAUGUCCAGCCGCCGCAGCCGCAGCACCUCGGGUGCCUACCGCCUCGGGGACAGAGACAUUCCCGUGGGUUCGGGUGGUGCAGCGGGUGCAGCUGCUACUCAUGGUACUGCUGUCGGAAGCGACGGUGUGUCUCAGGCCGGCCGCCGUCCAUUCGCCACCCUCGUUGGUAUUGACCCGGCGUCCACAACUGGCAGCACAGAACGGAUCACGGCCGAACAGAGGGGCGAUGCCACCAUGGACCACCUUGAUUACAAGAAUCAUGACAAAAGAGCGGCGUAUGGCGCACACAAAGGAUCGAGUGAUGGCGACUACGAUCCAGAAAUUGGAUUAUGA